ACGCAUGUUACCAUGAUUAGUGCAACAAUUUAUAUUUUAUAUGUGUACAAGUUUAAAUAAAUUGAACUUUUAUAAAUAACAUGUACACACUUGAGAAAUUGCCUUGGUGCAUGAUAUUUAUUUAUAUCUGUUACGGAAAUGUGAACGGAUAUGUUUUACCAGGGAGAGCGAAUAGUGCUAAUUCAAGUGAAAACAACACUUCGAAUGGUUUAAAAACAAACUAUCAAAUAUGCGAUGCAAGUGAGUUCCAAUGUACGAACAACGAGUGUAUCCAUGCAUCCUGGGUUUGCGAUGGCGACGCAGAUUGUCUAGACAAUUCCGACGAACUAAAUUGCGACGUUAAACCAUGCGGACCAGACCUGUUCAAAUGCAGCAACAGUGAAUGUAUUCCAGAACUUUGGGUCUGUGAUGGAACAAACGACUGCAUAGACAAAUCCGACGAAGCAAAUUGUACCGGCAGAGAAUGUGGCAAGGGCUAUUUUUCAUGCGGGGACGGUAGAUGUAUAACGCAACGUUGGGUAUGUGACGGUGAAUACGAUUGCACGGACAAGUCGGACGAGAAAAACUGCAGUGGACAUGGCACUUAUCAACACCAUGUGCGAAAGACACACCAGAAAACUGCGACACAACACGAGUUGCCGACGUAUCAAAACCCAUCAACAUACAUUCAGUCAACAGUCCAUCAAGAUCCACAAACCAAACAAGAAUCAGGAACAUCAGAAAUAUCUACAACAUUCAAAGCCUCAUCGACAAAGAAUAAGCCAUCGGCACACUUUCAAUCACAGAAACAGACACAUGAAAAGUUAGUUACAAAUAAAAGCCAACUGUCAUCAAGCUACAAAGAAAAUGCACCACAUAAAAUUCCACAAAAGUCAACCAUUAAAACCGUAACACACGUGGAGACAGCAUACUUUAAAACACAUGCUAUUAAAGAAGUACCAGAGACGCAUCAAAAGCAUUUGACGCUCAAAGAAGGCAAGCUAUAUCAAUCAGUUGAAACACGAAAGGCAAAAACUUCAAAAGCUAAAGCAGGUAAAAAUGACAAAUUGCAUGUUAUAGAAAAUCCGACAGUACCACAGGUGAAAAAAUCAAGAUCAAAUAUUAUUGCCAUAGAUAUCAAGCCAGCAAAAGCUGUUGUUGUAAAUCAGCCAGACAUAAAAUAUGCAUCUACUCAAAAGCCAGUUACUUUUACGCCUAAAAUAAUAGAUAUAUACGCAGACAAAAUGACAACAAAACCACAAGCAACUUACGAUAACAUUCAGUCAAUCGAAUCGUUUGUUAAGCGCAAACAUAUAAAAGGGAAAGAAUCGUACACACAAGCAGGGGAAAUUGCAAACACAUACGAAAAUCAAGAUAUAACUAGAAAAUCAGGAACGCAUAAUAUAUACGAUAAUAGAAACCAACCACAAGAACAAAUGGCUUAUGUACCACUGUUACAAGAGUUUAUGAACACUCAACACGUCGCUAGACAAGUAAUGAACAAAGAUGGCACAAACUGGAAACAAACAUCUGGUCUAAAAGUUGAACAAAUAGACAAUAGUCUUAGUGUAGAUAGAAAACCAAAUCAAAAAGUAGUUUUUCAGGAAUUAGCAGCAAAAGAUAACUACAUUAAUAUUAAUGAUUCCAACGGAAAAGUGAUUAAAGAUACAAAGUUUGAUAUCCCUCACAUGUCGGAAGCAAAUACUUUGAAAAUAUUUUCAAAGAAAACAUACGUACCGGAGGGUAAAACUACGUACAUAGAUAAUAAGCCAGCACAACAAUUAUUACCAUAUCAUUCUCUAACAAAAGAUAUAUACGUAAGUAAGAAACAAAUAUACAACCAAAAACAAGCAGAACAAUCGACACCGGAAAUUCAAAAACAAAACGUUUAUAAUGCAGCAAUAAAAGACAGCUAUAACAAUGCGAGUCACACCUUUGACCAACAGGCAUAUAAACUGCCAAUGAAACACAAAGCUAUUGAAGAAGUUCCUUAUGCUAAGGAAUUGAAACCAACGGAAAUAGAUAGUUCAACAAACUUAAAGCAAAAUACCAAGCAAGAUGUGUUUCAACCAGCGAGAGAAGUAACUCAAGAGUCAUAUGAUCCAGGUACAAUGAGCGCUUACGGAAGUAUAAAGCAGACCACUGAGACAAGGCCCAAUACACCGGUUAUGAAAGACAAUAACAAAGAAUUUGAUUAUACUCAUAUUCUAGGUAAAAAUGAAUCGGCGAUAACAGAGCCAUUCUUAAAUGUUGGGCAAAGUGCAAACAAAGAGGUGCACACAUCAAUUGCAAAUGAGGCUAUGAAAGAUGUAAAUCGAGCACCCAUUCAAGGGGCAUAUCAAGCAAAACUGAAUGGUACUGACACUAAAGUUCAACAAACUCUCAAUUCAAAAUCGCAUGAAAUGUCAGUAAAGAAAACGUACAUAAAUACUCAUCCAAAGCCACAGGUAUAUAAACGACCAAUAAAAGACACAUACUCUGACAGAAAGCAAGCAGCAAAUAGUGAAAAUAGUGAGGUAUAUAAACAAGCAAUGGUAGGCACAUAUACUAACAUAAUGAAAGAUCUUGAAUCAAUUGUAAAUAAACCAACAAUGAAAAUAAAAGAUAGUAAAAACCAAAAAUUGUAUCAUACGGCGAUAAAAGACACUUCCAGUUUAAAUGCAUAUAAACCAUCAAAACCGACUAUACAAGAAAUAAAUACUGAUGUGAAACAAACAAUGAAACAUGAGGCAUAUAAACCGACCAUACAAGAUGUUUUUACUGAUGCAAAACAAACAAACAAUCAAGAGGUAAAUACACAGACAAUAAAAGAAGUUUAUACAGAUGUUAAACAAACAACAGAUCAAAAGGCAAAAAAACCGACAAUACAAGAAAUUGAUACAGGUGUGAAUCAAGCAGCCAAUCAUAAAGCAAAUAAACCGGCAGUACUAGAUGUGUAUACAGAUGUAAAACAACCAACUAUCCAUGAGGCAAAUACACCACUGGUACAAGACAUUUAUUCAGAUUCGAAGCAAACACCCACUUAUGAGGCAAAUAAAAAGAUAAUACAAGGGCUUUAUACAGAAGUAAAACAAACAACUGACCAAGAGAUAAAAAAAACGGUUAUUAAAGACAUAUACACUGAUAUCAAACAAUCUGCCAAGUAUCAGGCAAAUAAACCUUCGUCCAAAGACAUGCAUAUGGAUGCAAGCCAAAGAACCAGUUAUGAGACAAAUAAACUGAAAGUAAAAGACAUAUAUACAGAUGGUAAACAAUCAACAAUCCAUGAGGUAAAUACAUCACCAACGAUACAAGACAUUAAUACAGAUACGAAGCAAACAACCAAUAAUGAGGCAAAUAAAAAAACACAGCAAGGGUUUUAUACAAAUGUAAAACAAACAACUGAACAAGGGACAAAUAUACCGAUUACUAAAAAUACAUAUUCUGAUAUAAAACAAACUGCCAAGUAUGAGGCUAAUAAACCUUCAUUAACAGACAUUCACAUCGAUGUAACUCAAACAACAAAUAGUGAGGCAAAUAAACCGACGAUAAAAGACAUGUUUACAGAUGUUAAACAAUUAACUAACCAUAAAGGUAUUAAGGCAACAAUAACAAACAUUUAUACAGAUGUAAAUCAAACAACUAUCCAAAAGGCAAAUAAACACACGGCGAAGCAAACAACCAAUUAUGAGGCAAAUAAACCGACAAUACAAGAAACUCAUACAAAUAUGAAACAAAGUGCCAAUUAUGAGGUAAAUAAACCAAAGGUACAAGAUAUUUAUACUAAUGUACAACAAACAACUAUCCAUGAGGCAAAUAAACCCAGGGUACAAGACAUUUAUACAGAUGUGAAGCAAACAACCAAUUAUGAGGCAAAUAAACCGACAAUACAAGAAACUUAUAGAGAUAUGAAACAAACUGCAAAUUAUGAGGUAAAUAAAUCAAAAGUACAAAACAUUCAUACGGAUGUAAAACAAACAACUAAAUAUGAGGGAAAUAAACCCACGGUGCAAGACAUUUAUACAGAUGUGGAUCAGACAACCAUUUAUGAGGCAAAUAAACCAACAAUAAAAGAAACUCAUGGAGAUAUGAAACAAACUGCAAAUUAUGAGGUAAAUAAACCGAAGGCACAAGAUAUGUAUACGGAUGUAAAACAAACAACUAUCCAUGAGACAAAUAAACCCACGGUACAAGGCAUUUAUACAGAUGUGAAGCAAACAACAAAUUAUGAGGCAAAUAAACCGACAAUACAAGAAACUCACACAAAUAUGAAACAAAGUGCCAAUUAUGAGGUAAAUAAACCAAAGGUGCAAGAUAUUUACACUGAUGUAAAACAAACAAGUAUCCAUGAGGCAAAUAAACCAACGGUACAAGACAUUUAUACAGAUGUGAAGCAAACAACCAAUUAUGAGGCAAAUAAACCGACAAUACAAGAAACUCAUGGAGAUGUGAAACAAACUGCAAAUUAUGAGGUAAAUAAAACGAAGGCACAAGAUAUUUACACUGAUGUAAAACAAACAACUAUCAUUGAGGGAAAUAAACCAAAGGUAGAAGAUAUUUAUACGAAUGUAAAACAAACAACUAUCAAUGAGGCAAAUAAACCCAGGGAACAAGGCAGUUAUACAGAUUUGAAGCAGACAACCAGUUAUGAGGCAAAUAAACCAACAAUACAAGAAACUCAUAGAGAUAUGAAACAAAGUGCCAAAAAUAAGGUAAAUAAACCAAAGGUACAAGAUAUUUAUACGGAUGUUAAACAAACAACUACCAAUGAGGCAAAUAAACACACGGUACAAGGCAUUUAUACUGAUGUGAAGCAAACAACCAAUUAUGAGGCAAAUAAACCGACAAUACAACAAACUCAUAGAAAUAUGAAACAAGCUGCAAAUUAUGAGGUAAAUAAAUCAAAAGUACAAGAUAUUCAUACGGAUGUAAAACAAACAUCUAUCUAUGAGGGAAAUAAACCCUCGGUGAAAGACCUUAAUACAGAUGUGAAGCAGACAACCUAUUAUGAGGCAAAUAAACCAACAAUAAAAGAAACUCAUAGAGAUAUGAAAAAAACUGCUAAUUAUGAGGUAAAUAAACCAAAGGUACAAGAUAUGUAUACGGAUGUAAAACAAAAAACUAUCCAUGAGGCAAAUAAACCCACGGUACAAGACAUUUAUACAGAUGUGAAACAAACAACCAAUUAUGAGGCAAAUAAACCGACAAUACAAGAAACUCAUACAAAUAUGAAACAAAGUGCCAAUUAUGAGGUAAAUAAACAAAUGGUACAAGAUAUUUAUACUAAUGUAAAACAAACAACUAUCCAUGAGGCAAAUAAACCCGCGGUACAAGACAUAUAUACAGAUGUGAAGCAAACAACCAAUUAUGAGGCAAAUAAACCGACAAUACAAAAAACUCAUAGAGAUAUGAAACAAAGUGCCAAUUAUGAGGUAAAUAAACCAAAGGUGCAAGAUAUUUACACUGAUGUAAAACAAACCACUAUCCACGAGGCAAAAAACCCCACGGUACAAGACAUUUAUACAGAUGUGAAGCAAACAACCAAUUAUGAGGCAAAUAUACCAACAAUACAAGAAACUUAUACAGAUAUUAAACAAAGUGCCAAUUAUGAGGUAAAAAAACCAAAGGUACAAGAUAUUUAUACGGAUGUAAAACCAACAACUAUCAAUAAGGCAAAUAAACCUACGGUAGAAGGCAUUUAUACAGAUGUGAAGCAAACAACCAAUUAUGAGGCAAAUAAACCGACAAUACAAAAAACUCAUAGAGAUAUGAAACAAAGUGCCAAUUAUGAGGUAAAUAAACCAAAGGUGCAAGAUAUUUACACUGAUGUAAAACAAACCACUAUCCACGAGGCAAAAAACCCUACGGUACAAGACAUUUAUACAGAUGUGAAGCAAACAACCAGUUAUGAGGCAAAUAUACCAACAAUACAAGAAUCUUAUACAGAUAUUAAACAAAGUGCCAAUUAUGAGAUAAAUAAACCAAAGGUAGAAGAUAUUUAUACGAAUGUAAAACAAACAACUAUCAAUGAGGCAAAUAAACCCACGGUACAAGGCAUUUAUACAGAUGUGAAGCAAACAACCAAUUAUGAGGCAAAUAUACCAAUUAUACAACCAGAUUAUGAGGUAAAUAAACCAAAGGUGCAAGAUAUUUACACUGAUGUAAAACAAACCACUAUCCACGAGGCAAAAAACCCCACGGUACAAGACAUUUAUAGAGAUGUGAAGCAAACAACAAAUUAUGAGGCAAAUAAACCGACAAUACAAGAAACUCAUACAGAUAUUAAACAAAGUGCCAAUUAUGAGGUAAAUAAACCAAAAGUACAAGAUAUUUAUACUGAUGUAAAACCAACAACGAUCUAUGAGGCAAAUAAACCCACGGUACAAGACAUUUAUACAGAUGUGAAGCAAACAACCAAUUAUGAGGCAAAUGUAUCAGCAAUACAAGAAACUCAUACAGAUAAGAAACAAAGUGCCAAUUAUGAUGUAAAUAAACCCACGGUACAAGACAUUUAUACAGAUGUGAAACAAAAAACUAUCCACGAGGCAAAUAAACCCAGGGUACAAGACAUUUAUACAGAUGUGAAGCAAACAACAAAUUAUGAGGCAAAUAAACUAAAGGUACCUGAGAUUUAUACUGAUGUAAAACAAACAACUAUAUAUAAGGCAAAUAAACCCACGGUACAAGACAUUUAUACAGAUGUGAGGCAAACAACCGAUAAUGAGGCAAAUACAUCUACAAUACAAGAAGCUCAUACAAAUAUGAAACAAAGUGCCAAAAAUAAGGUUAAUAAACCAAAAGUACAAGAUAUUUAUACAGAUGUAAAGCAAACAACAAAUUAUGAGGUAAACAAGCCAAAUGUACAAGAUAUUUAUACUGAUGUAAAACAAAGAACUAUCCAUAAGACAAAUAAACCCGCGGUACAAGACAUGAAUACAGAUGUGAAGCAAACAACCAAUUAUGAGGCAAAUAUACCAAUUAUACAAGAUACUCAUACAGAUAUUAGUGCCAAUUAUGAGUUAAAUAAACCAAAAGUACAUGAUAUUUAUACAGAUGUACAACAAACCACUAUCCAUCAGACAAAUAAACCCACUGUACAAGACAUUUAUACAGAUGUGAAGCAAACAACCAAUUAUGAGGCAAAUGUACCAACAAUAGAAGAAACUCAUACAGAUAAGAAACAAAGUGCCAAUUAUGAUUUAAAUAAACCAAAGGUACAAGAUAUUUAUACGGAUGUACAACAAACACCUAUCCACGAGGCAAAUAAACCCACGGUACAAGACAUUUAUACAGAUGUGAAGCAAAAAACCAAUUAUGAGGCAAAUAAACCAGCACAAGAAACUCAUACAAAUAUGAAACAAAGUGCCAAUUAUGAGGUAAAUAAACCAAAAGUACAAGAUAUUUAUACUGAUGUAAAACCAACAACGAUCUAUGAGGCAAAUAAACCCACGGUACAAGACAUUUAUACAGAUGUGAAGCAAACAACCAAUUAUGAGGCAAAUGUAUCAGCAAUACAAGAAACUCAUACAGAUAAGAAACAAAGUGCCAAUUAUGAUGUAAAUAAACCCACGGUACAAGACAUUUAUACAGAUGUAAAGCAAACAACAAAUUAUGAGGUAAACAAGCCAAAAGUAAAAGAUAUUUAUACUGAUGUAAAACAAAGAACUAUCCAUGAGGCAAAUAAACCCGCGGUACAAGAAAUUAAUACAGAUGUGAAGCAAACAGCCAAUUAUGAGGCAAAUAUACCAACAAUACAAGAUACUCAUACAGAUAUGAAACAAACUGCUAAUUAUGAUGUGAACAAACCAAAAGUACAAGAUAUUUAUACAGAUGUAAUACAAACAACUAUCCAUGAGGCAAAUAAACCCAAGGUACAAGAAAUUCAUUCAGAUGUGAAGCAAACAACCAAUUAUGAGGGAAAUAUACCAAUUAUACAAGAUACUCAUACAUAUAUUAAACAAAGUGCCAAUUAUGAGGUAAAAAAACCAAAGGUACAAGAUAAUUAUACGGAUGUACAACAAACAACUAUCCAUCAGGAAAAUAAACCCACUGUACAAGACAUUUAUAUAGAUGUGAAGCAAACAACCAAUUAUGAGGCAAAUGUACCAACAAAACAAGAAACCCAUACAGUUAAGAAACAAAGUGCCAAUUAUGAUGUAAAUAAACCGAAGGUACAAGAUAUUAAUACGGAUACACAACAAACAACUAUCCACGAGGCAAAUAAACCAAUGGUACAAGACAUUUAUACAGAUGUGAAGCAAACAACCAAUUAUGAGGCCAAUAAACCAAAGGUACAAGAUAUUUAUACGGAUGUAAAACAAACAACUAUCUAUAAGGCAAAUAAACCCACGGUACAAGACAUUUAUACAGAUGUGAAGCAAACAACCGAUUAUGAGGCAAAAACAUCAACAAUAAAAGAAGCUCAUACAAAUUUGAAACAAAGUGCCAAUAAUGAGGUAAAUAAACCAAAAGUACACGAUAUUUAUACAGAUGUAAAGCAAACAACAAAUUAUGAGGUAAACAAGCCAAAAGUACAAGAUAUUUAUACUGAUGUAAAACAAAGAACUAUCCAUGAGGCAAAUAAACCCGCGGUACAAGAAAUUAAUACAGAUGUGAAGCAAACAACCAAUUAUGAGACAAAUACAUCAACAAUAAAAGAAACUCAUAAAAAUAUGAAACAAAGUGCCAAUAAUGGGGUAAAUAAAUCAAAAGUACAAGAUAUUUAUACAGAUGUAAAACAAACAACUAUCAAUGAGGCAAAUAAACCAACAAUACAAGAAACCCAUACAGGAAAGAAACAAACUGCCAAUUAUGAGUUCAACACACCAAACGUACAAAAUGUUUAUACGGAUGUAAAGCAAACAACUAUCUAUCAGGGAAAUAUACCUACGGUACAAAAUAUUAAUACAGAUAUGAAGCAAACAACCAAUUAUGAGACAAAUAAACCACGAAUACAAGAUACUCAUACAGAUAUUUUACAAAGUGAAAAUUAUGAUGUAAAUAAACCAAACGUACAAGAUAUUUAUAGAGAUGUAAAACAAACAAAUAUCCAUGAGAAAAAUAAUCCCACGGUACAACACAUUUAUACAGAUGUGAAGCAAACAACCAAUUAUGAAGCAAAUAUACCAACAAUACAAGAAACUGGUACAGAUAUUAAACAAAGUGCCAAUUAUGAAGUUAAUAAACCGAAAGAACAAGAUAUUUAUACUUAUGCCACAAAAGACACUUAUUCAGUUGAAACACAAACUAAUGCAGAAUUGAGGGAUAUUCCCGAGACAGAAGUACAUGUAUCAGAAAUACAAGGUAUGUACAAACGUGAAAUGCAGAGUCAUGGCCAAGAGGUAUAUGAACCAGUCAAUAAACCAUAUAUAAAAGACACCUACUCAGAAGGAAAACAAUCACUUAACGCAGAGGCGUACAAACCAACAAUGGAAGUUAAAAACAAAACUGUCAUCUACAAUAAGGCAUAUGUUAAUUCAAAAACACCCGAGAAAGUGUCAAACGCUUUAACCAACAAUAUACAAUCAACUGCAGCUGCUCAAAUUCUUAAUUAUUAUAAAGAUUCAAAACAGGCAUAUGAAGCAUCAUCUGAGGAAAAAGUGUACACCGAUGCAAAACAGACAUCAAAAUCAGUACCAUAUAAGGCAAUCAAAAAACAAAAUAUUGAAUCAGCUUCCGGUGAAAAGCUGCAUGGACAAUCUAGAACAGUAACAAUGGACAAUAGAAUGAAGAUGAUGGAACCUGAAAAUCAUAAAGUACCUGUAUCAAACAUCUCUCAAAGUUCAAGCAAAGCAUCAACACCAGCAAGCGUUAAACACUUAGAUACAAAACUAUCUUUAAUAGGAUCUAUUUUACAUCACGUUUCUGCCAUGGAUACAACCACUCAGUUCAAACAAACACCUUUAAAAGAAACACAUGAUUCGACGACUAAGAAACAAAAAUAUGCAACACCUGAUGCACAUUACAAAGAUAGCACAACAAGUAACAAACGCGAACCUGUCUUGGACACACACCAUAAAAAAGAAUCAUUGUUAGGUACACAACUCAAAGACGGGAGAGGAAUUGUGAAUCCAAAGAAAUAUAAAACAAAAGAACAGACAUUCUAUACACCAAAUCAUCAGUCUUUAGUAGCACACAUGAUUGAACAUGCAAAACAGAUACCCGGCUAUAUGCCAAGUGACUUGCCAAAUACAGGAACAAGCAUUAAUGAUAAGAAAGUAAUAACAUCACCUAACAAUCAGUUUGGGGCAAAUGCAUAUGAACAUGUUAACCAAAAUCUUGAUUCUGUACCAUCUGAUGCAGCGGUAAUUUAUGCAUUCUCAGAUUCAAAACCUGCUUUAGAAUCACCGCCAGAAGGAGGCUCUCUUGCAUAUUCGCAAUUAAAUACACAGCAGACACCAACAGACAUAAUGUAUAAUGGAGCUUACGCUGAACACACUAAUUUAAAUACUCAACUAACCCCCGACAUGACGCAAAAUAAAGGCUUAGUGAUGGACCAAUACAUAGACCCAUACCUAAAUAACCAAGGAUCUGCGACGGAAUCCUCCGCAAAUGCGCAGCAAAUGUCCGAAAGUGUGUCUCAUGAAUUACCUGUGAUGCAUGCAUAUGUAAAUACACAGCACACCUUCAGAGGUAUACCGAAUAAAGAAUCUCUUAGGGAUCAAUACAUACAAGCACAAAACCCAUUUUUAACUAGUUCUUAUGAUUCGAAUGUGGCAGGUACCUAUGCUAAUACACAACAAAUUUCCGAACCUAUACCAAAUGAUCCAUCUAUGACGAAUCCUUACCGAAAUGUUCAACAUACCUCCGGAUAUACUCAGCAUGAUAUGCCUUUAACUAAACCCUUUUCGAAUUCGAAACAUGUAUCUGGAUCUAUGUCUUCAAACACAAUUGGAUUGAAUUCUUUCGCGAGUUCAAAUCAGAAUCCAGCAUUUAAUCCAUAUAACAAAUUCAAUACUUAUAAUGCGGAUCGUGAAAUGUCUGAGGAGCGGUCGGCAGGUCCCUUCUUAGACCUUCAUCAAAAUGGUCCAUCACGUCCGUAUAACAUGCCGUUACCUAGACGUUAUAGUAAUGGAAAACAAAUGACAUCAUCUAAUUCAUUGGCUAUCGGCAAUAGUGGCUUAUACGACUCUGAAAAUCAAAUGACAUUGUCGAAUAGUCAUGAUACAUCGUUGAAAGGCAUAUACGGAACUAGGAAUCAAAUGAUUUCACCAAAAGCAUAUAAUUAUCCUCUGACUAAUAGCAACAAUGGGAGACAGAUGUCAUCUUUACAAUAUUUUGGGCCAUUGCAAGACUCAUAUGAGAACAGGGAAAGAAGUACCGACUUCAAUCCACGUACUAGAAACAUUGGGUACGAGCAACAACUUCUACCAUUACUGCUUGAAACACAUGGCGCUGCUGUAGUAAAAACAAAAGUACCAAAAGAAAAAGUCACGACAGCUGCAAAAAACAUCAAAUCACUAUCUACCAAUACGAAACUAAACAAAAUCAAUAAACUAACACCAGAGACACAAACUCCAGAACAAGCCUCGUUUGAAGUAAAUACAGCAAAACUAACUCCAAGAGCAAAGCAUAUUUCUAGUAUUGCUACAUAUAAAGAACCUCUAGCAAAAUUAGACGGACAGGGAGCGCAGAAAAUUUCACUAGAAAUACAUAGCUUACCUUUUCAAAAAGUUAAGACAAUACAAAAGUCCCCUUACAACAAAUAUAAUACACCUCUAAAGAAAACCACCAAAAAAGAGACAAACGAUAGUAGAUUUAAAAUAAUAGGUAUACCAUUAUCAAAAUUACCGGCAACACAUACGUUACCAAACGAACCGAAUGGAAUUCCUGUGAUUCAACAACGCAUGCCUUCAAGGCAAAUUACUAAUUUUAUGUCAUAUACAUCAGCACCAGUGAAACAUAUAGUGCCUGCGACAAAUGUUUCUGUUAAGACACCAACCCCGUCUAAACAAACAAGCGUGAAAUUGUACGAAACAACUACAUCUCAAACUAUCACUCCAGCGACUCCACGAAUGCCGAAAAUGUACUGCAGAAUGUUAAACUAUUUUACUUGUAAUAACGGAUUCUGUGUUCCAAAAAUGUGGAUUUGUGACGGUCAUGACGACUGCAGGGAUAACUCGGACGAACUUAAUUGCAACAAUAAAAGUCUUGGAGUUAUUUAAAUCCAAUGAUAGGGUAACUCGUAAGACUUACAGAUGAGGUUAUGAUAAUUUGGACUAACAUAAAUAUGAUGAUAGACGACGACAAAUCUUUUCCAAAUUAUCAUUUACGGGAAAAUGAAAAAGUGGUAAUUAAUGUACUUCCCUGUUGAUAGCAUUGAAGUUACAAGGAGAAUUUCAUGUAAGUUUGCUAUGACAGAAAUCACCUUUACGAUCUGUUGACCUUAGUAACAAAUGUGUAGUGGUAAGCUAAGGUAAAAAUAAAUCACAGAAUAAUGUUAGAUUCAGCCAUUUCUUAUAAAUCUGACGUAACACUUUUGUAUUUAGAUAGUGUUUUGGUUGUCGUUAUAGGCAUAGGAAGUUUAUUCAUCUAGUAUAGCGAAUUUGUCAUUAACACAAUAAAUUUUGUCACAAAAAGUGAGCGUUAUCAGAUGAAGGAUUACUUCUGGAAUAUACGCUGACAUAGUGACAAAGCUUAUUUAGGUCAUCUAUAACUGCACACGCUUUUGGUAUUUAUUGCAUAAUCAAGUUGUUAUGUACAAUAGUCCUCCCGCAUUAACUUUAUCUUUUGAUACUCAUUAGUAUACUUUCCUUAAAGUGUUUGAAUUUAAUUAUCCGAGUACAUGGCCUUAACAGAUACGAGAUGUAUAAAGCAAUAUUUUUUGUUCCUACUUAUAUGUGUAUUUUAUCAAAUAGUAUUGUAUAAUAAAGAGUGAAAGAGUGAAAAUAAAAAUAAUGUGUAAUGUA